AUGGAAAAUAUAGAUAUACAAAAUAAACAAGUCGCUCAUAUGGUUGCACAGAUUAGAGGCAAACAAUUAGCAUGUGAACAAAGUCAAAAUGCAAUGAAAGAUAAUAUUAUAAUAUAUUUCGAAAUAAAUAAAGACUAUUUAAGAUUAAAUAAAGAACUAACCAAAUAUUUUAGAAAUCAUUUUAAAGAAUUUGUUAUAAUAGGUAAUAGAAUUACCGAGUUUUUAUCCAGUGAACCCAUUUCAGAUGUAGGAUAUCCAAACCAAAAAAAUAAAACCCACCAACAACUAAUAUUGGCAAAUGAGUGGAUAAACAAGUAUAGUGCAUUUGAAAUCAUUGAUCAAAUUAGAAAUGGUAUAUUUUUUAAUGGUUUAUCAAAUAGUACAAGUAAUAUCAUGCUUCCAGAAUUAGAGUCAGAUUGCGAAAAUGAAUACUGGGGUAAUGAAAAUCCAUCAGUAACCCCGCUACUACUCUAUGCUAUAAAUAAAAUAAUGGGAUAUCCAUGCAAUGAUGAUCAAUUUUUGGUGGGGUGUGGAAAAAGAGUGCUAUUUUUAAAAAAAGAUUAUCUACUACCAGAUCAUAUUUUAACCGAUACUUCAAACUAUCCUUUUGCAGAUAAGAAAUCAAUGAUUCUAUUUGGAUCCUACCAAUUCGGUGGACAACGUAGAUUUUCAGCACAAUAUAUAUUUGGACCAGAGGAUUGCUCAAGUAGCUUAAGUAAAGCAUUAUUUUUAAACUCAAACCAAGUUGCACACUUUUGUACUCCGCAAAUACUUAAUGCUUUCGAAAAUCCAGAUAAUCAAUAUAAAUUUAAAAAAGUAAUAGAACUAUGUGGCAACACUUUAUUAGAAUCUGUAAAUAGCGUUGAACCAGGUGACAUUUUUUUAACAACAAAUCACACCGGUCUAUUUUUAACAAAACCAAACUUUGGGGUGGCCCAAAACUCUGCAUACACAAUAGAAUUUAAAAGAAAUUUAGACUCAGAAUUUGGUAAAUGUGAAGGUGGCGGCUUUCGAAUAAUAAAUCUUAAUGAUGGAACUCGUUAUUACAUACUACGUCCAAACAUAGGUCCAUUAAAACAAAUAGUAUCAUUAAAGAAACUAAUAGAAAUAAUAGACAGCAAUUAUCAACAUUAUAAAAUAACCGACACAAAUACUAUAGGUGAUUGCAGAAUAUUAAUAGACAAUAUUAUUUAA